AGGACGCGGAGACGCACAAACACAUAGCCGAGCUAGGAUAUGCGGUUUGGGGACUAACAUAUUUUCUGAAAUCGGACCGUCGAGUCUUGGACAACUGGCUAAUCACAAUGUUUAAGGAUCCAGUAUUUACGAUGUUGCUGUUUUUCGCGUUCCUGUGUGCAAGUGUCUGUGGUUUUGUUCACCCUCCAACAAACAUCAGUGUUGAUUGUCACAACUUUGUUAAUAUGCUUUACUGGAACUACAGUAAACCAGCUGAAACACUGAAAUUCAUUAUAAUGAUCAAAUCCUAUGAAAGAGAUUCCCAAACAGUGGAAACAUCUCAGACGCGCUUGAACAUCAGCGAGUAUACCAGCGACGCUACUGAUAAUUAUGUAGCGACUGUAAUGGCACAUGAUGGACAAGAGAAAUCAGGAAAUGUCAGCACUGAAUUUACCUACAGUCUUGACUACUCUAAUUAUAACACACACAAAUGCUCUGUGGACUUUCCAGAUGUUAAUAUGUCUGUUCGUAAAGAUGUGAUUGAGGUGUCCUUUCUGCACCCUUAUUACUUUUACAAACAGGACUUUCUAAAGGAAGACUUUGAAUUCAAAGUCACGCAUGAUCGGCAAGAGAGUAUAUAUGAAUGUUUUGAUGAUGAUGAUGAGCUGUGCGCUGCAGACAUCCACCUUAAUCAGAGCUUUGUUGGCCAGUGCAUUGAGUUACAUUUUGAAGGGAAGAUUGCUGGUAUACCUACAAAUGCCUACAGAAACGUUUGUGUCCCCCACCUGCCUGUUGAGACUGACAAGAGCUACAUCACGGCUGUAGUAGGAGUUGUUGUUGUGUUGCUCUUCAUUGCUGGAGGUUUUGUUUGGAUACUCUGCAAGAAGUGGUCCAGGAUUCCCCAAAUUCCCAAAAAUUUGCAGCGGAGCUUUGUGACUUCACCGCGAUUAGCUACCACCGAUAACCAACCCGAUCAGCCCAUCCUCUCUGCAGUGAUGGCUGAAGGUCACACACCCUUACUAGAGCCUUCUGAAACCCCCACCAUUUCUCCAGUUGAGAAAGACAGCAGCACAGUCAUUAUCCCUACUGACACACAAGUGGAGGUGGACCACGACACAUCUGGCAUUUCAUUUGUGGAGUCUGAAGACUACGGCAAGUCAUCUGAUUAUGACAGUCCCAAAUUCCUACUGGAGAUGAGUCCCGGGGAACUUACGCACGGAUACGGUCCACGACCACCUGUGCUUUAGUAAUUGAAACUGAAAUGUCUUGCCAUGAAUUUUGGCCUGUUUGACACGAUGCGUCUGCGGCGCAUGAGCGGCACUGCUGCGUGAAUUCGAUGGCGUUUCUACUGCAGGUCAAUAAAAAAGGGGGAAUUUUUUUUUUUUUUCCAUGUGGGAGGUUUUCCUUUUCAUAAUGGCUAUAAAUAAUAAAGUGUUUAUCGGGAGUGAGCAAAUAUUACAAACUUGAUAAUCAUGACAUUUCUACGAGGAGGAGGACCAUAUUUAAAUUGAAAUGGUAAUCAACUUGGAAUGGAACCCAAAACAUAAGUUGCAUGAUAUAGCCCAUUUAAUGAAUAGUUCGUGUUCAGUUAACGGCAUUAAAAGUAAAAAACAAUUUUUUUAAUCAUCAUUAUGCAUCAAACUCUGUUGAUUGAACUUGACUUGCAUUGGUCCUUAGAUCAUCUAGAUGCGUGUGGAACUUGUAUCAAGCCCGAGUGUUUUUUUCUUCAAACGCUCUCUAGAAAUACAUGCUGCUUCAUAAAAGCCUACAUUGGAAAUGCAAUAUAAAUCCAAUUAUUAACGCUUUUGCAAUGUGUUUGCACCCAGUAAAACUGAAUCCGCAUCGAAUAUCUCCUCUUAUUCCCGUGUCUGGGCACCACUUGGUUGUGAAAGCCGUAACCUGUUAAUAUGAGAGGCGGAAUUAUGUGUUCUCGCAAGCCACAGAUGCAUUGUGUAGAACAGGCCUGUUCACAUGCAUUUCAUGCAAUCGUUACUUGGUCCUAUAACUAUUUCACACAUGUAUUCACGUAGCUUGACACAAAACGUGCUUCGCUGUCAGCAGUGCUUAAUUUGUAAAGUCUAAUGUUCUGGAACGAGGAUUGGUGAGACCACACACCGCUGAAUCCGACUGGCUUGGAGUUGUGGGGAGUCCGUUGAACACCCAAUCACCUCUGCAAACAAGCAACGCAAUGCGAUUUAAACUAAAUCGCCCAGAGUGAAAUCAACAAACCGUGUACACUACAAGCUGUUCGACUUCUGUCUUGUAGAGUAGACCGAUUUGUUGAAUAUGCUUUGAGCGGUCUAGUUUUGUCGCAAUCACCGUUUGCACUUUAGAUUGAGUAUAAAAGGUCUGAUGAUAUAUAUAAUAUGGUAUUAUUAAUGAAUUCUAAAAUGUUAACGUUUACUUUCUACUACUAUGAACAGGGCAUAGCAUACAUGUCUUUCAAAGGUGUAAAAGGGAAUCCAAUUCUGGAGUUGAAUCUGGAAUCUGGCUUUUUUGGUCUCAAAUUAAGCAUCGACUCUCAGAUAUAUAACUGUAGGAAUAAGGGCCAUCUUAGUCUUGUAACAGCACUGCUUUCAAUAUACUUGUGCAUGUUUCAGCAUGGAGCACUUAUAGCUAGUAGCCAGAGGCUUUUUCAGAGCUAGUAAAUUGCCAAUAUGAAUCUCUCACGCAUCUGAUUAUCUACUGUUUAUCUUACUCUGAGAAUGAUUUGCUUUGGAGUAGAGGACAGGCAGAUGAUUCAGGGGAGGGGAUGCCACUUCAGAAUCAGCUUUAUUGCCAAGUAUGGUUACACAUACAAGGAAUUUGUCUCUGUGACCAGAGCUUCCAGUGCACAGCAAUACAAAAACAACAGCAAGACAUGGAUAAUAAUAAAAAAAUAAGUAUACGCAUACAUUGUACAUGUAUUAGAAUUGCACUGUGCAAUUUUUGUUUUAGUUUUUUUUCCCUGAGGAAUGAAAUGGCAGAAGAGGAAGAUGUGUUGGAUAAUAUAGAAAAGACUAAACAGUGUAUAGUUCUUGAAGGGGGGGCAGGGGGCAACCAAUAAUCCUCUCAGCAGUCCGAACUGUGCUCUGUUGUCUUCUGAUGUGGUAGCUGAACCAAACCAGACAGUUGCUGAAGUGCAGAAGACAGACUCAAUGACUGCUGAGUAGAACUGUAUAACUUGAAAGCUCGUUCAAAGCGAAAGUGGAAAAAAUGAAUCUUUUCUUGGAGGGCUCUUCCACAAGACUGUUAGUGAAAGGUGCAUUCAUGCAGUAAUGCCAUGUUUCCUUCAGAGUACCCACUUUGAGGGCUCUGCAGUGCUGAGUGAGUAUAGGGCAUAGGGAGGAUCACUUGCGAUUGGAUCCGCCCCCGAUCUGCUCUAGCUCAUGCUCUUAAAGGCACCUCUGCUUAAUUUUCUUUAACACACACACGAUUUACAAAGAAAUCUCAUAACACAUUAAUACUGUUAUUGUGAGGUUAUGAUGAGAUUUUGUUUUAUUUUAAUUUCAAUAUGCUAUCCUUUUUCUGGAUGACCACCUAUAGAUUUGUGAACGAAAGCGGUGCGCACUGUGCACGUCAGUGAUGUCCUGGUCAUAUUUAACCCCAAAUCAAUGCAAAGAAAUCCAUGAAAUUGUAUUUUACAUAUAGGAAAUGAAGCCUACAUUUAGGACCAUUAAGAUUUUUAGCAUUCAAGAUUUUUUUAAGUGCAUUUUACCCCCCAAUUCUCAUUUGCGUAACUCACCUGGGUAUGUUACGGUAAUGAGACCAUUACUAUUCCUAAAGUUUUUUGUGAUGAUUCUCAUUAAUUUUAUUUUCUGUAUUGCAGAAAAUGCUGUUGAACAAUAUAUUUUUUAAUUCGCCAAAAAAAACAAGCAAUACUAUGAUACAAUUGAAAUAAACAUCUUUUUUUGCAUUGCGGUAAUGACAAUUAUUAGGUGAAUCAUGUCAUGAAAAUAUUGUAACAAAUCUUAAUAGCCCUAAAUUAGAUUUUAUUUUCUAUAUACGAAUUAUCAUUUCUUAAUUCUUUAAAUGUAGGAAAGAUGUGACCUGGACAUUUUCUUCACAGGUUUCGUAAGAAUCGCUUAAAUUGUGUUUUUUUUUUUUCUCUGUAUGAAAGAUUCUGUCCGAAGCUGUAGUUUUAUACUGUCAUAUCACAUUAUUCUGUCUGCAAAAGAAAGUUACAACAACAAAAAAUGCCACAAAGUUGUUUGUAUGUAGGUGACCCAUACAGCAUUACUGUGAUUGCCUUGUGAGCAAAUGCUUUUAAUUCCAUUUUUAACCAAGUUCCAGCUUCUAGUUGUUUUUGUUUGUGUUUUAAUUUUUUUGAGAAAGUAUCAAUUUCCACAGCCUUAAAAGAAUUUUUCUGGACUCGUGCAUCUCUGUGCACUGCGUGUAGUGAGGAUGCAAGUGUCUUCACACUGCAGCAUUAAGGCAAGAUGUCUCUUGCAAAUCUGCUUGAGGAAUCAAAGUCAAUCCCACACCUGAUUUCCUGUACAAAAUGUUUCAUUUACAUUUGGCAUUUAUGUAUUAGGCAGAUGCGUUUUUCCAAAAGUGUAUUCCAGGUAUAUCAGCACAUUUUACCUUGUUAGUAGUUGAGGUCAACGGUGUAUUGUAAAGAUUUUGCAUAUUUUUUUAUUUCUAAAAGAUUUUCUUUUAAACUGUCUGUUUUAUGUUUGAAUGUUUAAUUCCAUUAAGAGUUUUAAGAAUUGUAUUAAAAUCAAUUGUCUGAUUUCCUCA